CUCCAAUGGCACUCACUGCCCGCUCCGCCCCCGCCUGUCAGCCUUUGGCUUGCGGGCACCUAGCGGCGCCAACAGCCGGCAGCCAGCAGCCAGCAGCCAGCAGGCAGCGGGGAGAAGGCAGCGUCCAGCAGGCAGCGCUAAACCGUAGCGCCAUGGACGGGCGGGUGCAGCUCAUCAAGGCCCUGCUGGCUCUUCCCAUCCGGCCUCAGACGCGCCGCUGGAGGAACCCCAUCCCCUUCCCCGAGCUGUUCGACGGCGACACCGACCGCCUGCCCGAGUUCAUCGUGCAGACGGGCGCCUACAUGCUGGUGGACGAGAACGUGUUCACCAGCGACGCGCUGAAGGUGACGUUCCUCAUCACCCGCCUCACGGGCCGCGCCCUGCAGUGGGUGAUCCCCUACAUCCGGAAGAAGAGCCCCCUGCUCAACGACUACCGCGGCUUCCUGGCCGAGAUGAAGCGGGUCUUCGGCUGGGUGGAGGACGAGGACUUCUAGGCCGCCGGACACGCCUGCCCGACCGCCCGGGAGGGAGUCCAGGAGUCCCGGAGCUCUGCGGGCGGCAGCUUGGCCGCGUCCUGGUCCCCGUGGCCGGAUCGCCCCAGCUGCUGCCUCCAGCUGCCGCCGCCGCAGCCCGCGCUGCCCCCAACACCCUCACCUGCCAGUUGAGUCUCCCUGCUGGGCUUCCUUUGUUUAGGAGGAGGCGCCUCUCCCUCCCUCCCUCCCUUCCUCCUACCAGCCCUCCAUCCCUCCUGGCUCCUCUGGUCUCCCUGCUCCCCUCCCUCCCUCCUUGCUCCGUGGGGCGUCCCUUUGUUGCAGCUCAAAACCCACUGAGGCCCACAGGCCCUCCAGCGACUCUUGCCCUCCUGCUGCCGUCUGAGGGGACUGCCAUGGCUCUGAGUGCCCUGCUUGCCUUGCCUGAGGGCUGCUGCUCCUGCUCUGUGUGGACUGGCCACUAGCACCCACCCAGCAGGCUGCAGCUGCUGCCCCCUUGGAGUCUGGGUACUUGUGCAGCCUCAAGCCCUUCUCACCAAGGACUGCAGCCUCCAGCCAUCUGCACUGGCCAGCAGGGCUCUGGGUCAGGCUCAGACACACAGCGCCCCACUCCAGCAGCCCAGACUCCAGGGGGCCAGGCCUGAGUCCUUUGCCCUGGCACAGGAUGCCUCCCCUGUCUCCUCCCACAGAUCUCUGCUGCCCAGGCCCAGGCCCAGGCCUGCCUGUGGCCACCUCACUCACCCCUUUCCUCCGUGGACCUGGUCGUGUUGCUCCCUGCCCACUUCUCUUCUGACCCUGCAGCUGUCUCUGAUGUGUGCCUUUUGUCCCUCACAGCCGUCCCCCCCCACCCCUGCCCCUGUCCCAGUGCACUGCCCAGCUCCUUCACACUACCUGGACAAACUCUCUGCCCUGUUUUCAAUAAAUGCCAGACACUAUUGGAAAAGAGA